GACGGAUUUGUGAGCGGGAGCUUGGAUUCGCUGAAGGUUUCUUGCGUUGAAAGGUGGGUUCCGCGGAGCACUCGACGAUAGAAGAACCUUUAAGGCUGGCCUGGUUAAAAUCCCCCAAAAGGAAGACAUCCAGAGAGCUGGAUAAAAAUUCGGGAUUUGCGAAGCUACGCCGAAGCCUGGAGAUUUAACGUGAUUUGUUGUUCAGCCACCGCCAGUUCAGGAGGCUAAUUGCAGCUGUUUGUCUCCCUGGGCUGUGCUAUGGCUUCAGGUGGCAGUGAUGGGGAACCUUUUCGAAGAAACCCAGACAAAGCACAUAAGAACCACUGUAAAAGUGCAUCACAGUCUGUAACUGAAUUAGAUGUUGUGGAAGAGACCGAAGAUGUCUUCAGGAGUUAUGUAUUCUUCCGGUACUGCACAGAGAGGGAGGAACAAGGGGAGCUUCCAGAUGAUCCAGAGAUAACCGGCAUGCAUCAGCCUACUGAUAGUACUCCAGCUCUUGUAGGGCGGCAACUUGCUGUUAUUGGAGAUGACAUCAAUCGAAGAUAUGACCUGGAGUUCCACAAUUUGUUGUCAAGGCUGCCACUGAAUGCACAAAAUGCCUAUGAUUACUUCUGCAAAAUAGCCGAUGGGCUUUUUGAAAGUGGUAUAAAUUGGGGCCGUGUAAUUGCUUUAUUGGGCUUUGGCUAUCGCAUGGCCAUUUAUGUCUUCCAGAAUGGUAUGAAAGGAUUCAUCAGUCAAAUUGCAAAAUUCAUUGCAAAGUUUCUUUUGAAAAAUAGAAUUGCACAAUGGAUUGCAAUGCAAGGAGGCUGGGUGGCGGCUUUAGAGUUAGAUAAUAUUUAUGUCAAGUGGAUGCUUGGAAUUCUGGCUGUGGUUCUGCUUGGUGUUUUCGUGGUUCACAAGUUUUACAAGUCUUAAUACAUGGAUCUUUGCUGGAGCAGGCCUCUAGCCUUAGACUGGAAAAAUUAUUUUUAGAUGCAAUUCAGCUACAAAAUUGUGAAGACUUGCCAAUGAUUAUGCACGAAAUGUUUAACCAGAAAUUCCCAGCUGUGAUUUAUUAGAUUGUCAAUUUCAACAAUAAUCAUUUUAUUUUUUAAAUGAAUUUGUACCAAUUCUCAGGCGGACCACUUGUGUGUAAUCCAUUUCUAAAACAUGAGCUCAGUUCUCCAUUCUGUAAGCACAGAACUAUUGAGUACUGUACUGGCAACUAGUUCCCAUCUAUUUGUGAAUUUUGUUCCUGCAGGGACAGCAUUUGUAUCCUGAUUAUUGAGCCUUGGAGUGUUUGAUAUGUUUAACAAAAGUUAAGGGUAUCCUGUUGUGUCAAGGCAGUUUAAUUUUUAACAAAACAAUUUGUUCUUUGCAAUAAGACCUGGAUACCUUCUCUAGGUUUUAAGAGCUUUGGCGUGGUAUCCUCUGAUUGUUGUAACACGUGGGAAACAAUGCAGCAUAUAGAGCAAAUUAAAGUUCAUUUUAAAAUGACUUGGCAAGUACUUGCGACAAGACUGAGUGCAUGAUCAUUCAAUUUGUGGUUAUAACUGCCUGAGGCUUAAUUGUCUGUCUUUGUCUAUAAUUUGUGAAUUGACUCUAAUCUAGUUUGGAAUUGAGUCAUAAUCUGAAUUUGGAUACCAAUCAGUUAUGCUGUUGAGCCCAACUGGUAUCUCAAAGUAUCCUAAGGUUUUUCUGUGUAAAUUUGGUCUGAAGAUAGAUGAUGGUAAAUUUAUAAGUUAUUUUAAAGAAAAACUUUAAAUUCAGUGUACUUGUGUUUGAGAUUAUUUGAAGACCAACAUAACAAUUUGUAACACCCUGGUUCAGUUUCUCACAUUUGUAUAACUCCUUUAAUAGUAUGCAGUGUGCUAUCUGUUAUUUCUUGGCACUGUGUUGUAACAGGGUAGCAAAUUGCACAGCAUCCACCCAAACUGUGGUUUGCGGUGGGAGAGCCAUCUCAAUCUCACAGUUUUGUCGGGACCGGAGUGUGUAUUCUCUACACUUGUGCAACCAAAUACAAAGGGAAAAAACAUUUGAGUUUAUCCACAUUCACUAGGUUGUUUCUUGUUGCUGCUGCUCAAUUAACUCCUUGUCUUCUGUCACUAACUUAAGCACAUUUCUGCAUGGUGGGAAGUUUUUGGAGAAAUUGUAUAGUAUUAUGGAAAUUGAAAUGGGGACAAUUUGUGCACAUAUUCAAUGUUAGUGAAAUUAUCUGUUAGUGAACAGGUAAGAGCAAAGAAGCUGAGUGGAGAGAGAGGUGGCCAUUUUGGAGUGGGAAGUAGGAGAGGGCGAAAGUUAUAAUGGAAAAAUCAGAUUUUUUUUACUUGAAGCUCAAAGGAUAAAGGGCGAAAAUGAAUUGUGUGAAUAGUUAGGGUAUAUUUUUGUACCAUCGCAAGUGGGGAGAAUAUCUAAUUUUGUAACUUAGUGGCACAUGCAGUUUUCAGGUGCACAUCCUUACCUCAGGUAUUGUGAUAAAGAAAUUUGCUAAUACUAUCCAAACUGGAGGAACCCAGUCAAAGAAAACAGUUGAACAAGAACUGUACUUGAUACAUGGCCACUUUAUUGUGUUUUAAAUUUAUUUUCAAAAUGGGGCUGGUUUGCUUCUUGUGCAAUGGCUGAGGGAUUUUUGGUGCUGAUUUUGCUUACAAAGCUUAAAAUUUCGUCAAUUUGAAAGUUGAGUUUUCUGCAGAUUUUGAAUGACUACUGAGGGGGCAUAUUUCCUUCCCAAACAUUAUUACUCUAUCAUUUCCUUGACUGGAAAUUGAUGCUGUUUACCUUUAGUGAUUUGAAUUCUGUAAACAAAAUGUCUGUCUGUGAAGAAGUAAAGAUGGUCAUACAGGGCUACUGCAUCCAUCUCAGUUUUGUGCUCCCAAAUUGAAAAAUUAUGGAAAGGAUGUGUGACAGCUAUGAUGUCAGCUGACAGAUUUGUGAGCUGCUGACAUAGCUGUUGCCCGUGAUACUUUGGAGGUUAAUUGAGGUCUGUCAGAGGAAAUAUUAUAUGUAUCUGACACUUUGUGUAUUAUUUUGCCCAGAUUUUGUACACUUUCAAGUAUGAACUGAGUAGUCUGAGAGUCUGAUAUGGAGCGACUUGAUCAACCUCAUAGCUGUUCUUGCCCAGGGAAAUUUUUAAAAACUGUUGUGCUCAUGGUCAGUCAGUGAUUAUCUGUUUUUAGUAGUCACACCAUUUCUGACUUCACCUGUAGAAGGCUAAUCAAAUAGUUUGUGCUCUUUGUGCUGGUUAAUUAAGAUGUAUUUCCUGGUAUGGACCAGAGGUGUCUAUGUUAAAUUAGGUAGUCUGUCUGAUGGUUGUACAUGAUCUUAAAUUUGUAAACACUUUUUAACCUAUAAUACGAAAUCUUUGAAUUUCAGUGAACAUGGAUCGUGGAUUUUAUAUGUGUUGAGCAUUGAAUUCUUUGAAAGCUCAUUAAAAUCUUAACCAAGUAGAGUUGUUAAAUUAGUGGAAUAUCAGGGGGGGUGUCUUUGACUACCUUAAAAAGAAUUGAAGCCCAAUAAGAUAGACAUGAAAUGAAAAAUUAAUGAAAGGAUAAUACAAAAGGAAUUUGUGAUAGGUCAAUAUUUGACUUCUCGUGCAUAAGAUGUGCAGCAGAGAAAUGUUGAAGCAUCAGAGUUAUGUUGUGCAUGUGAUGAGUUCAGCUCUCUACCAGAGCAAUCACAACACCUGUAAGUUUGGAUGUCAACAGUGUUUAGCUGCAGAUGACAGCUAUAUGCAAGAUCAGCUUUAUCUACAAAUAGUGGUGCAUAAGACAAAUCAAAUCUCAUCUGAGAAUCUGGUAGAACACCAAGCAUUACUGAAACCAAGCUCAGUGCAUAGAGAAUAUUGUACAACUCUUUCAAACUGUUAAAAGUUCAUGCAGUGAGCCAGAGGUUUUUGUGGUAGAAAUACCUAACAUUUUAGAAGAUGAAAUUUGCAGUGAGCUAAAUUUCAGCCAAACCUUUUAGAACUGGUUCCUCCAGUUUCUUUCGUAUUGAGUUUUUUUGUUUGUUUUCUGUUUAACAAAGGCCAAUUUCAAAUCCAGCCAUAUUCUAUUGUAAGAAAAAUAUAAACCCAGAGUAAAUUGUAAAUGCAUUUGAGUUUAGUACAGAGUUAUGUGGGGUCCUCCACACUUUAAAAUUGGUGGUGUUAAAUAUUUUUUCCAGGAAACUUCCAAAAUAAAAAAAAUUUCAUCAAUUUUAGAACAGCAGAAUUUGUCCUUGCAAACUUAACAGCAUUGACUCUUCUUGGAUUUGUGUGAUUUUUUUUUAAUCCUUUGUAUGUUUUUUGAACUCCUUUCAUCACUCUUUACCAGCAAGCUUUAAUUUCCUUUUGUAGGUACGUUUUUUUGUAAGCACUUCUUGCUAGCAAUAAAUAUGGACUGAAAAUUUGCUUCUAGUUCCUAGCGGAUAACUUUUGUUUGCUUCUGGCAAACAAAACAUGCAAAGGUCCAAACAAGUAUUGUUUUGAUUGUAAAACACAAACAACAGGAAUUCUGCAGAUGCUGGAAAUUCAAGCAACACACAUAAAAGUUGCUGGUGAACGUUCACCAGCAACUUUUAUGUGUGUUGCUUGUUUUGAUUGUGUUUGCACAUUCCGCGGUGAGUCAAUUUAAAUACAAACGGUAAUUUCUUUACAAAUACUUUGAGUUUUUCCAAGUUUAUGCUUGUGCAGCAUAAAUAAUACUUGUGGACCACUGGAAAUAAAGUGCAAACCUAUCUUCCAUUUGGGGAAAAAAAGGAUUAAUUUAUCAGAUUUCAGGUGUGAUCUUAUGGGUAGCUAAGAAAUGGCCACUUACUGAAAAUGAAACUGCUGCAUUUUGGUUCUAGACUCUAAUUGCAGUCAGUUUCUUCCUAACAAUUAUCAAAGAUUAUUACACUUUCACACAGUCACUAUUUGCCUGUUGAUCCUGAGGCCUAAUUAUGAUGUUGAUGUAAAUCAUAGGUCACAAUGGCAAUCAUAUCCUUUUAUUCUGCAGACAUGUGUAAGUUUGUUCCAGAAAGCAUUAGGUUGAUUUGGUGAAUGUAUCUGCCAUUGACUUUGCUAAUGUUCUAAUGGUAUUAUGGUGUGACUGUUUAGUCAUAGUCAUACUUUAUUGAUCCCGGGGGAAAUUGGUUUUCGUUGCAGUUGCACCAUAAAUAAUUAAAUAGUAAUAUGUAAAUUAUGCCAGGAAAUAAGUCCAGGACCAGCCUAUUGGCUGAGGGUGUCUGACCCUCCAAGGGAGGAGUUGUAAAGUUUGAUGGCCACAGGCAGGAAUGACUUCCUAUGAUGCUCUGUGUUGCAUCUCAGUGGAAUGAGUCUCUGGCUGAAUGUACUCCUGUGCCCAACCAGUACAUUAUGUAGUGGAUGGGAGACAUUGUCCAAGAUGGCAUGCAACUUGGACAGCAUUCUUAAGCAUUAUGUGAAAGUGUUCUUAAGUUUUUAUAUUUUGCAUUUUCUCUCAUGAGAACAAAUGUGUACUGAUUGUCCUGUUGGGAACUUUUUGGAGAAUUACCAAUUUGAAAUGGCUAAAAUAUGUAAGUACAAAGAAUGUGUGGCGCUGUAUACUUCAUGUUGAAUCAAAUGCAGUUGCAAUCAAAUUUGUAUCAGUUGUGCUGCUCUGUUUACUGUUACUGGAAAGAAAUGAGUUGUGUUUGUACAGUGAAAUAAAGCCAUGUCUUUAUAAACAAAUGUUGUGUUUGCAAAUUUAAAUAAAACCUAUAAUAAUU